CGUCACAUCACCAGGUGAGCAGUCAGCGACACACACCUACCAAGCAGCGCUCUCCUCCGCCUCGUCGCGAAGAGAGAGAGAGAUAUAGAUACACAGCGAGAAGGAGUCACUAUGUCAGGAAUACGAGAGAUCAUAUUGUUGGCACUGGCGAGCACAGUCUGCUGCCAGUUCCAGCCGCAGCAGGGCUACCAAACAGGCAGCGUUCCCUACCAGACCCUAGGUGGCGUGCAGCCGUUCCGUGGCAGAGGCAUCCCGCGGGGACAGAGCCGCGCCUUCCAGCCCAACACGGUGCCGAUCUCCCGCGGAUACCAGCCCAACACGGUGCCGAUAUCCCGCGGAUACCAGCCCAAUACGGUGCCGACCUCCCGCGGAUACCAGCCCAACACGGUGCCAAUCUCCCGCGGAUACCAGCCCAACACGGCGCCGACUUCCCGCGGAUACCAGCCCGCCAGCUCCGGCCCCUUCAGUCUGCAGGGCCCCGCCAGCCACCAGGGGGCGCCACAGAGGGGCGGGGCGCCGUUCGAGCUCGAUACGAAUCAUAACGGUGCUUUCACUCUCGACCGGGCCGCCAUCGCGGGCGUCAACAAGGCGACCAACUACCUGGACAGCACGCGCCGGUACUGGCACCAGCCGCUGCCGCAGCUUGCCGCCCAGCAGCAGCAACAACAACAGCAGCAGCAGCAACAACAACAACAGCAACAACAACAGCAGCAGCAGCAACAACAGCAGCAGCAGCAACAACAGCAGCAGCAGCAGCAGCAACAACAACAACAGCAGCAGCAGCAGCAGAACCCCGUCACCUACCUUCAGCAGGCGAGCUCCUACGGAACCGUGCCCGUCUCGCCGUCACUGCUCACCCGCGGGCAGACGAAGCCGUCCGACUUUCCCGCCAACCUUCCCGGCCGCGCGGGGGCGUUCCAGUCGGUGCCCGUCGCCUUCCAGGGCAGGAGCGCGCAGACGCAACACAACCCGCUGACGGGCGUCGUUCCACAAGGCUUCCCGGACCAGAGCGCCGCCAUGCAGGCGCGGGGUUUCAACGCGAGACCGGACUACUCCGCCGGACACGUGUUCGGAGUGACGGGAUCCGGCAAUUCAGCUCACGUGCCCAGCUACGGCAAUUCGGGCCCGGGAGGCAACACCUACGAACUGUCCCAGGACGACUCGGCGAACCAGCUGGGCGUGGUCGCCACGCACAACCUUAACAACAAGCUGCUGCAGACUUUCGGCUGGAACGGCCUGCCAGGCUUCUCGACUCCGUCGCCCAGGGAAGACGACGCCGCCAUAGCCAGAGUCAAGGCGAUGUUCGACAAUGCCGAAAACGAGUUCUAUCAGGGGGGAGUGGAUCCGGCCUCGGUGGCGGCCGCACAGGCGGUGCCAUCCCUGCCGUUCGUACACGCAGCCUCGGAGAAGCCCAGCGUACCGAAGACAGAGGCGACUGGAUAUGUUUAUCCGGUAGGUAAGAACGACAACGAACCCCUGGCAGCGACGCUAGAAGACGUGGGUGAAGCUCCGGUUGUAGAGGGCGCGGCGCUGCAGGUGCCGACGAUGGAGCUGAAGCCGAUUGAGAUCACGAGCCAGCUGACGGAUGACACAAACCCACUGCUGCGCAGCGCGGGACUCGACCAGGUCGCUACCUUCGGUCGGCUGAAGAACUACGGUCACGUCGGCGGCGGUCAGUCGAUCGACGUGGGCGCGACGACGCCUCGCCCCGUCGCCAGCCAGCUGAUCACCUUCUCGCCGCUCGUGCAGCAGCAUCCGAAUCCGGCGCUCGCGUCGGACGCCGCCUUCGGACGCGUGCCGUCGCAGUUCCGCUUCGGCAGCUACGGCGGCAACGAGGAGAGCGAGCGUCGCAACAACAACUACGCGGCGUCGAAGCUCGCGCAGCUCGCCGACACGUCCGUCGGACGCGACGGCACGUUCGAGCAGCAAUCCCGCGCCGCCUUCUGGCCGCAGACGCCGCAGACCUCGGCGACCGCACCGGAUACCGACUCGUUCGGCUCCGGCUCCCUGCAGGGCUUCGGUGGGUUCGGCCACUUCGGUCGAGCGGGAGGCCUCGCUAGCACGUUUGCGAGCAGCGCCCGCGACCGCUUCCUCACGCCACGCGGUCCGAACGGACACCUUUCCCAGGUCGCCAUCAACAACGUGAAGAGCGCUCAGCAGCAGACGGUGCCGACCGCCUACGGUAGACAGCAGACGAUCGGUCAGGGUCUGCAGCAGCAGCAGCAGCAGCAGCCUGCCGUCUCGUACAGCGGUCAGCAAGGGUUCAGGGGCGGACUACCGCCACGUCAAGCCUUCGGGGAACCCAUCGGUCAGAGUCGUGCCCAGCAACAGCUGUACGGUCAAGCGGUCGGACGAGGACAGUAUCCGCAACAGACGCGAGGUCAGCCCACCCUCCGCAACCUACCCCAGCAGCACCCCUUCGGCCAGUCUCUCAACCAGGGACAACAGCCAUAUAGCGUGUUCAACCAGGGUCUACAGCUGAGCAGCUUUCCCAUACCUAACAACGCCAUAUCCGGAACGCAGCAGCAACUAACGGCCGCCACUUACCAGCAGCAGCCGACAUUAAACGGCCCCACCUACCAGCAGCAGCCAGCGUUGGGUAGCGCCACCUACCAGCAGCAGCCAGCAUUGGGCAGCGCCACCUACCAGCAGCAGCCCGCUCUCUCGAACCCCCUUAGCCAGCAGCAAGCAUUCUUCGGACGACAUGUGGGAUCUCCGCAGGUAGCCACCGCCCAGGUGGCAAGGCUGGGCAACAACGUUUACGCGCAGACCAGAGGUCGCAACCCGCCGGCCAACUUCGGUAGCAUUCCCAGCAAAGCGCAGACGCCUCUCCAGGGACUCGUCUACGUCUGAGCCAAUAUGGCGCGGACGCACCGUGUAAAUACUGCCCUAAUAUACCAAUGAUAAUCUCUCUGUGUCGGCCCUCGUGCCGACCGACCGCUCAUGAGAUAUACACGCAGAUAUCAGCUACGCCCACCGGAAAGCAUGCGGAAACUGUAAAUAUCACAUCAUCUCUCUCAUUUCAUUAGCGAUUCGUCGUAAUCUUUCGGGCGCACGCAUGCGAAGUAUCCCGCCGUAUGAUCACUAGCAGAUCGUUCUCAAUAUUACAUCGCAAUGUAUUCAGUUUCAUUUUUAUUCCGUAUAUAAUUUUUCAGUAUUAUUAUUAUCGUUCAUUGGUAGCAUUUAGCACAUUAUCAUUUUUUUACGUUGGGCGUGUCUCUGUAUCAUGACAUUCAACUAUACUGCUGAACGAAGCUGUUCUUGUGUUUAUAGCCUAGCGCGCAUUACCCCGUUCGUAAACGCAUCGCUGUAAUUUUAGCAUUCAUCGGAUGUAAAGUCAGGAUGUAUUUACUAGCAAUAAACCAUUUAUAAAAGA